AUGGGGACAGGGCUACGCAGCCAGUCCUUGCGAGAACCACGGCCCUCUUAUGGCAAGCUCCGGGAACCGUGGGGGAAGCCCCUGGAAAGCCGACUGCGCAGGGCGCUGAGCCUCAGACAGGGUCGUGAGAAGUCCAGAUCCUCAGAUGGAGGCCCAGAAGCGCUGGCCUCCCCUGAUCAGGAGUGGAGACCAGGAGGCCUGGGGGACACAGAGCAGCUGAUCCAAGCUCGGCAAGGAGGCAGCCGGAGGUGGCUGACGCAGUAUCAACAGCAGGUGAGGAGAAGGUGGGAGAGCUUUGUCGCCAGCUUUCCCAGCGUUACCCUGAGCAGGCCAGCCUCCCCACAGCCACCUCUGGGCACCACCAGCUAA